AUGGCUGAGGAGAGAAACCCACUGCCGCCGCCACCGCUACCUCCGUUGGGGAACGACUCUAUGGGGACUGUAGCCGCUCUUCCAACAGGCGCCGACAUUCAGUCGCUCCAUCACUAUCCACAUAGGUUCCCGUACAGGGAACUCUACCGAGGAACCAAUGGUUUCAAGCAGGAGUUGGGGAGAGGAGGUUUUGGCGUUGUCUACAAAGGCAUGCUGGCCAGAAGCAGAAUGGAAGUUGCAGUCAAGAGAGUAUCACAUGAUUCAAAGCAGGGGAUGAGGGAGUUUGUAGCAGAAGUAUCCAUCUUGGGGAGGAUGAGGCACAGAAACCUGGUCCAAUUGCAGGGUUGGUGUAGAAGAGGCGAAGAGCUGCUCCUCGUCUAUGAAUUCAUGCUAAACGGGAGUCCGGACAGCCAUCUUUUUGAGAUGAAACGGAGCAGCCUCGGUUGGGAGGAGAGAUUCAGGAUUGUAAAGGGAAUUGCUUCCGGCCUGCUGUAUCUUCACGAAGAGUGGGAGCAAGUCGUCAUGCACAGAGAUGUUAAAGCAAGUAAUGUGUUGUUGGAUGGUGAUCUCAAUGGCAGUUUGGGUGAUUUUGGGCUCGCCAGAGUCUAUGAUCAUGUGACCAACACCAAGACAACCCACAUAGUCAGGAGUUUCGGUUACAUGGCGCCGGAGCUCUCCCGCACCAGCAAGUCCACGACGAGCUCCGAUGUCUACUCUUAUGGUGUCCUGUGGAAGGAGGCCCAUUGA